UGCGACAGGCUGGCUAGGCCGGGUACCCGCGGCUUGCAGCGAUUCCCCGCGGCGCUGCCGGGCCCAGGCGGGCCGGGGAGCUGCUCCCUGCAGUCAACGAAUGAGUUACAACCUGGCCUGUGACUCCAGCGAGACCUGGCGGGAGACCUAUGGCUUCUUCUCUUGGCUCCAUGUUAUUCUCAGCCUUGCAAAGCUAUCUGAGCAUUGGAGUGAAAGCACAAAGCAGGGGGCGUGCGCGCCCCGCUCUGCAAACCCUGGAUCCUUUGGGGAACAAGGUUCCCAAAAGCCAGGCUUACGCCAAAUUUUCUGGUGCACCCUUGAAAGUCAAUGUCAUAGAUAACACCUGGAGAGGUUCAAGAGGAGAUGUACCAAUUUUGACAACUGAAAACAACAUUGUUUCUCAACCAGCAAAAAUACUAAACUUUUUAAGAAAACAGAAAUAUAAUGCUGAUUAUGAACUCUCAGCAAAACAAGGGGCAGAUACUCUGGCUUACAUUGCUCUCCUAGAAGAGAAGCUUCUUCCUGCAGUGCUUCACACUUUCUGGGUUGAGAGUGAAAAUUACUUUACUGUGACAAAGCCAUGGUUUGCUUCACGAAUUCCUUUCCCCUUGAGUUUGAUCCUGCCUGGAAGAAUGUCUAAGGGAGCACUGACUAGGAUUCUCCUGACCAGAGGACAGCCUCCCCUCUACCACCUUCGAGAAGUGGAAGCACAGAUAUAUAGAGAUGCCAAGGAGUGCCUAAAUCUUCUGUCAAACAGAUUGGGAACAUCUCAGUUUUUCUUUGGAGAUACGCCUUCUACUUUGGAUGCCUAUGUGUUUGGUUUUCUUGCACCUCUUUAUAAAGUACGCUUCCCCAAAGUUCAGUUACAAGAACACUUGAAGCAGCUCUCCAACCUGUGUCGCUUUUGUGAUGACAUCUUAAACAGUUAUUUUAGGCUUAGUCUUGGAGGAAUCUCUCCUGCUGGACAAGAAAUUGUAGAUGCAAAUCUGCAGAAACUCACACAACUUGUAAAUAAGGAAUCCAAUUUAAUUGAAAAGAUGGAUGACAAUCUUCGCCAAAGCCCUCAACUUCCUCCUCGGAAACUGCCGACACUUAAGUUGACUCCAGCAGAAGAAGAAAGCGAUUCCUUACAACGGCUAUCACCCUGAUAGGCGACAUGCUUUGUGUCCAAAGUCAUAUGAUUGUUGCGGUAAUCUCUUACACUAAGUGGGUGGAGGCAAAAAGAAAAUGCCAUGAAUAGGUAUAAAGAAGACUCUAAGACAAAAGAAACUUUCUAUGACAUCUAUUUUUUUUAAAAUUAGGAAGCUUGUAUUUUAGCUUGGCAGUGCACUUUAAAUACCAUCAAAGUGAAUGCUAGAUGAACUUGGGAAAAAAACACAACACACUGUACUGUAUAUAUAUAUAUAUAGAAACACCCUGCCUUAACCUUGGCAGAUUUUUGCCUUUGGUUCAUAUGUUGCUGACCAAAAGCUGUAAUUCUGUUCUGAACAUGCACUCUUAAUUUAUUCAAGCUAAUUUAUUUAGUUUUCUUAGACCAGUCUGAAUAUCCAAUAUGUGGCUCUUUGGCUGAGGCCUUUUUCUUCUGUUUAGAAAUCUGAAGCCUAUUUUAGACAUGAAAAACAUAUUAUUCUAAUAUUCUAAUGUUCUAUUUACUUCAAUAGAAAAGCCUCUAUUUAACUUUAAAAAGCGAUGAGGAAUGUGCUGUUUAAUUAUGCUUUCACAAGUCUCAUCUUUUGGGGGGUUAGUACCAUAUGUAAAUAUUAAAGUUGUUUAUAUAUAAUAUUUAUCGGACUAUAUGCACUUCAGUAUAACAUUAGUAUUUGCCGGUGUGUUCAGUAUAGGUUAGUAAGGGCUCUUUCAGUUUAUUGAGCAAAUGUGGCAGCUUUAGACCUAUGUAUUUAAAGUAUAUUUUUAGUCAUCUCUUUCUUGGAUUGAUUUCAGGAGAACUGAAUGUGUGGGUCAUCGUUAUACCAGACUGUAAAGUCUUAUUGAAACUUGUCCCAUUCUUAGACAUUACUCAGGAGGAGCCCACCACCAGAGUAAUAGAAGUACCUACUGUGCGCCUGGUCCAAGUUCACCAUCCUUGGCUUAGACCAGUGCUCUUUCAUAGGAAGCAUGUCAUGUAGUCAAAAGCUUUAUGACAACUAAUUAUUUUUAUGUAGUUUAACUACAGUUGAAGGAUCCAAUGGAAUAAUUGGAAAUAGCAGUACAUUUUUAAGACUAUUUUCUACUUAUUGGUUGCUGAACUGUUCAAGAAUUUGCUGUGCAAGUAAUUUUAUAAUAGAAUCUUGCUUAUUUCAGUGGCUUAGGUGCUUCUGUUAUCCUAAAACCACUUCUGGGGUUUUUAAAAUAUAGGACCAUGUUUUUGAUUAGUGUCUUAAAAGAUUACUAUGGUGCUCAGCAAAUCUUAUCAUGUCCUGCAGAAACCCACGUUAAGAAAACAGCUUUGUAGCCAGGGGAUUCGUCUAAUUUGAGCUGAGUGGAGCUCAGCUGUGUUUGACCUCCAUCCUCUCAAUUUGUUCUGUAUUUAGGUAGCUAUUUAUACAGAAGUCUUUAAGUCCUUGUAAAUAUUUUUCUUGAGAGUUUUAAUUAAGUGAGAAACAAGGUAGUCUUCAGAAUUUUGCCUUUAUCUGUUUGGAUGCAUUUAGGGAAAGGAGUGAGUUGCAUGUUACUUCUGCAACAGGUGGGAGAGUGUGUGCGCGUGUCAUGCGUUACUCUUCUGUGAGGGUCCAGCAAUCUGAAGUCUGUAUGAAUAUUCUGUAUUGAAAAUCAUGACCAGAGGAUUUUAUUGUCCUCAAUGAUUGAUGUAUAUUGGAGAAGGUUGGUUAGCACAUUAAUCAGACAUCUGUUUAUGCAUUAGUCAGGGUUAGUCAUCUUCAAUUAUGAUUUGUAUAUUAAAAUUUCCACAGAGCAUCUGAUGUGGCUUAAAAUUGUCAAACACAAGUAAAACAGGACACUUAAAAUUAGUUUUGGAAGAAUAUAAAAUUUAUAGGAGAAAGAACUAUACCAACCCUAACAGAUUCUAAAAUUGAAUAGUAAAUUUAACUCCCAAGUUUCGGUUUUCGAACGACUCCAUUGACGACAAUUUGGUUUAUGAAUGCUGUAAACCCGGAAGUAAAUGCUUCGGUUUUCGAACACGACUCAGAAGUCAAACAUGUCACACGGCUUCCGCUCAGUGCAAGAUCCUGAGGCCUAGCUGUCAGCUGUUUUCGAAUGUUUCAGAACUCGUGGACUACGUUCGAAAACUGAGGUACCACUGUACUGGGUUAUGUAAAUUUUUCUGCCAAUAAAACUACAAUGUCCAUGAAGAAGAAAAAUGUGUUUAAAUUUUUAUAAGAAUGUGGGCGAUCAUGUUCCUACAACACAAACUUCAGCUGAUAAGCAUACUGCAAUGUUUCAGGUGUUGAAAGUUUAAUAAAAAAGAUGUCACUUUAGAGUAACAAUUAUAUGUCCUUUUUUAGUAGAAAAGAUGACUGUAAAUAUGGUUUAUUUCCUUUUGGUCAUUCCUGCUCUGAACUGCCUUUAGCCUUGUAUUAUAUAGGACAUGAUGCUUCUAGAUUACCUUUCCUACGAUGCAAAAUGGGAUUUAAGAUAAGUGCCAAUUUGUAUGUUGGUUUAUUUAGUUGCACUUUUUGGUAUAAGCCAAUGAAAUGCUAGGAAGCUGUAACCAAGCACAAACCGCUCCAGAGAUGUGCCGCUCAUAUAGGAAGUGUUUGGAAAGGAACAGCUUCCCAGACUGGGCAGAGAGCUUGUGAUCAGCCUGUCAGGGUAUGCUUUGGAUAAAGUUUGACUUUGCUGAGAUAAACGUCUACAAUCUUAAACAAACUGCUGUGAGCUACUUUCUUUUGGAGGUGCUGAUGGAGUAUAAUAUAAAAGGGACUAUGUUUGUAUUUAUAUUUUUUGGUGGUAUAAGAUUAGAAAAUUGGUCAGAUAAUUCCCAUAUGAUAAAGAUCCUCCAUCAACUAUCAUCAGUCAUCCAGAAGACUACCAUUCUCUUAACACUACAACUAAAGAACAAUGAGGAUAGUCAUUCCUUCAUAAAGCUUUCCCCCCCUACAAAAGUUGGCAUGGACAAGCAAAUCAAAUUUCAACUUAGGUAUGUUUGUAUUAUUUUGGGGGGUACUAGAGGAUUAGAGAUUAUACAUUAAAUCAAAAGCCUUUUGAUUUCCAUUUGUAAUUUCUAUUUAAUAUUGCUAGAUAUAUUAACAUGAAGGAGUGGAGAAGCUUAUUUCAAUCAGAGCUAAGUUAUAAUUUUCAGAAGUCUGCAAAAAUGGAAAAAACUAGACAUCAAAAGAGGCAAAAAUUGGAAACAGUAUCUCAGAAAACCAAUUUUUUUAAAGGUAGCUUUGUGUGAUAAAAGUUUGAAGUUAGUAGUAUGUUUUCUUAGAGCCUCUUCCAAGAAUAUACAUUGACCAGGUCCGUUAGAUUUUGACAGUGUUUCCUAAACUGUCAACAAUUUUAACCCUUUAAAACUAAAAUAUAAGUGCUUAAACGUAAAGACAAAAAGCUGAAUGAUGGAUACACAGGAUUUCUCUGUACUGUUUUUGCAACUUGUGAAUCUAUAAUUAUUUUAAAAGGGUCUUAUAAGUAAAUUCAAUAGAGUACAUUUAUCAUUAUCUACAUAAACUAUGAUUUAAAAUGUAUUGCUGCAAAGAUGGUAUCUGUAUUCAGUUCCAGCUGAAUACAUAAUAUAAAUUAAAUAAUUUAUUUCAUUCUUGAGUUUAAAGAAAAAAAACAACUCAGGUUUAUAGCCAGUGAUUAUCUAAAGAUCUGUUUUGCCUUAUCAGAAAAGAAAAAACAACCUAAAAUCAAGAACUCCUUUUUCCUAGGAUAUAAAAAUUCUAUGAUUUUAUGUUUGUACUUAUAUCUUUUUCUUUCUAUGGUACUGGGUUUACUUUUGAGGAUAAAAUAUUUUUUAAAAGUUCUGUCUCUCCAUGUGGUAGUCCUUAUUUGCUUUGCAUGUGUUACCUCUAACUGCACAGUGUGACAAGCUGUUCACCAGGAACACGCUUUGAUGAACAAGGUGCAGCAUGUCUGCGUGCUUUUUGUUUUAAGCUCACAGGGAAUUAGUAAUUGACUUUGUCUUGCUUUGGUUAUUUAUAUACUCUGAGCACAGCCACAGAGUAUAAUUUGGAUUGUGGUGAUCGUCUUUUGUAUAUGUUGUUGGCGUUACAGUUCUCUUUUGCCUUUUCUUGUUCAGCUCUUGGAAUUCACAUUUCCUUUUCAUUGUUUUCAUGUUUCUUAAGCAGAUCAUUAAGAAAUUUGUUGUUAGUGACAUGAACCAAAGGCCAGCAAUCCUAUUAUCCUCAAAGGUUUAAUUGAAGUUUCAGUAGAUCUUCAAAAUGCUGAUUUUCACAGAGCUGUAAAGAUGGAUUUCUUCUUUUUAAGGGUUUGCAAAAUAGUUUAGCUCAAAACUCUUGUUGGGAUGUAGUGUUUGUUAGGAGCUCAGGUUACCAGCCUUCGACUUCAAACUAUUGUGAUUGAGGUGGAGAAGUAUUCUCAGAAUCAAAAAUAUACAGUGAGUAUUUGUGCCAGAUGAAGAGGCCAAUCAUGACAGCUGAGAAGUAACAUUCGUGAACAGUGACAUAAGAAAGGGUACCUUUGAGUUGGAUGUUUGUACAUAGAGAGGGGAAUUUUUUUUUUGUGAUACAAAAAUAUUCACAGCAAAGCAAAGUCGUUUCUUCAUUUAAAAAACACAGGAAAAUAAGUCUUUUUGUAUCCUCAUUAUUAUUUUGAAAUUAUACAGUAAGAUUUUUAAAAAACCAUCUUAGUUCCUUGGAGAAACAGUUCCUGAAGGACUAUUUUGGCAGACUAGAUCAUUAGUAAGUGUGUAGAGGGUCAAAUAAAUUUGGGAAAUGCUGGGUUAGACAAAGUUAAGUUACUGUAGACUUUUGAGAACUUUUGAUAAUGCUGUUGUGUGGUUUGAGUUUCCAAGACGGACCUGUAUUUUAUACACUAUUUCCCUGAUUUAUUUUCAUGUGGAUUUUUUUGUAAAAUACGUGUCUUGUGAGAUUUGGGUUCUGAGAAAUACAUGUAGGGAAAUGCCUUAGAGUGUUUUGCUUGUUUGUGCUCAUUGCAAAGGUUUCCUGUUUGGUGCCCCUUUAGUGGGUGGUUACAAUGGGAAAAGACAGCUCAGGACUAACGGCCCACGGAACGGAGAGAGCGGUGGGUGGCUGCGGGUUUGCUAGGUUGCUUAGUUAGGCACAUGUGAGGCCCCUGGCAGUCCAGCGCCUUUCCCUAGAAUCAGCUUGAAACAGCAGUACAGGGGUGUGAACUAGUGGUUUCAGAGAACUAACCGGUUCUUAGGACUCUAGGGGACUACGGGGGAACCAACUUGGAAUUACACAACAAUUUUCCAAACUGUUUUUGGCUGUGCUUUAGAAGUGCCAAAAAGGUGCUGAGUAUUUACAGCACUGAAGUCAUAUAGAAACUGAUUAUUAUACACACACACACACACACACACACACACACACACACACACACACAGUACCAUAGAAAGUUUACAGUUGCUUCAGUGACAAAGCAAAGGAAGGUUCAUACCUUCAAAUUCUAUUCUAUUACUGAAAACAUGGUCUAAGUAAAGAUUGUAUGUUUGUGUGUACAUUUUCUAGGAUGUGGGUUUACAGUUUUCAUUAAAUUCUCAGCAGCUUCUAUAUCCCCCAAAUUUUAAAACUCACUAGCCUCCAAAUUUCAGGGGACUAAGUAUGUUUGAUUUCAUUUCAAAGUAUCAAAUCAGAUCACUAAUCAUGCAUAAGAUACUUUUGUUUGUUUUCUGCAGUGUAUACGGUUUCAUAUUUGGAACUCCACGCUUUGGAUAUGCAUUUGAUAGAAAGCUUGGCUUUGGGUUUUGAGUUGUGGUGUAAUGAUGAACAUCUAGCCACGUGAAAAACAGUUGGACCUUUGUUCUGAUUCUUAAGUUUUCCUCAUGCAAAUUUAGAGAAAUGCCUUUUAAUCAUUUAGUUUACAUAUCCCAGAUCCUUGGAAGUCAAGAAAAAUGACUUGCCAGAGUUUGCAUCAGUCCUAAGCGAGUCAUGCACUGUAGAGAAGGUUGUGCUGGCCAUUCUUUCUUUGGUCUGCUGGCUACUUCUCUUGCAUUGCUAUCAUCUUUAUUUCUUGGAGAAGGAAGGGUAUACUCAAGCUUUUAUGUUAAUUGCAUAAAGAUGAGUCUUAUUUCUCUUUUGACUUUAUGUAAAAUAGGAAAUGAUGUCUUUCCAUUUUUCUGUUCAUCUUGAAGUGAAAAUUUGAGGUAUUUGUAAUGUAACUUGAGCUUUCUGGAUGAUGGUCAGCAAAGAAGAUAAAUAAGAAAUAUAUGUGUCCACGUGUUGGCUUUGUUCCACCAAGCCUGUCUUUGAAUGGAAAACAUUUUAAACAUCUGUUCUAGUGUAUAAAUACUGUAGUUUUGUUAUAAACAAUCUUAAAAUAAGCAAUGUUGAUCAUAAUUUCAAUAUUCUAGCCUUGCCUAGUAUGAAUAUAUUUUACUCAGAGACUAUGUAUAAAUACCCAGAAGUGGUAAUGAUGAUCAAUGUGUAAAGAAUUUAUUCUGAUAAAUGAGAAACUGGAUAUAAUGUCAAAAAUAGCUAUUUUCGCAAUAAAAUCUCAAAUUGCC